AUUUAGAGCAGACGCGCAUCGUCGCACGCACAUAAGCUGUUCUUCAUACUUACUCUCGCUCCUUACUCCAGCUCAUAUUGUUUCCUCCGUCUUCGGUCCUUCGUAUACAAUGCGAAGCGUAGCGCUUUCUACCCUCCUCGCCAUCGCCGUGACCGGUGUCGCCGCGCAGGACGACGCUCCCAAGCCCGUCUUCACGCCCACCGCGAUCAAGGCACCCUUCCUCGAGCAAUUCACUGACGACUGGGCGUCCCGGUGGACGCCGUCAGAGGCGACCAAGAAGACCCCCGUUGGCGGCGAGACGUUUAGUUACGUCGGCAAGUGGGAGGUCGAUGAGCCCACCAUCUCCGUCAUCGAGGGUGACAAGGGCCUCGUCGCCAAGACGAAGGCUGCCCACCACGCCAUCUCUGCCCCUUCACCAGUGCCAUCGACUUCGCCGACAAGCCGCUUGUCGUCCAGUAUGAGGUUAAGUACCAGAAGGGCGGCAACUGCGGUGGUGGCUACAUCAAGCUCCUCGAGGAUGGCUUCCAGACAGAAGGGAAGGAAUUCUCUGACAAGACACCAUGGACAAUCAUGUUCGGUCCCGACCUGACGUGUCCGGGUACCAAGGUAGGCUUGCCCCGUUUGGGUCUUUUGUGAUUUGGCUGAACGCCCUGACACCCGUC